AUGGUGGUUUCAGUGGUCUGCGUCUCUGCUCUGGCUCCCAUUCAAAGCCUGCGCCUGCUGUCGCUCAGGCAGCGUGCAGCAGGCCGGGUACCUGCGAUGAUUCUGUGGGACUGGGAUUUGAAACACUGGUACAAACCGCAGUAUCAGGGCGCGUUGAGCGGCAACGGCGUGGAUCUCUCCGUCAUCAACGAGGCCAGGAACCUGGUCUCGGAUCUGCUGAUCGAUUCGUCUCUGGCACCAAACGCCAGCACAACCCUGCGCAGCAUCUCCAGCCUCCUGGGAACGUUUUCGGGCUCGUGCCGGCCCAGGGUCAACCCCUUCACCCCCUUCCCGGGUUUCUACUCCGUGGAGGUGGAGGACUCUGUGGAGAGGGGCGACAGGAAAAGUAUUAAGGGUUUGAGCAGCAGGAAUAGCCUCCCCACCCCUCAGCCCAGACGGAGUUCCACCUCCUCCACGCCGUCUGCACUCCCUCCUCUUGACUCGGCUUCUUCACGCUGGGAGCGUAACAAUGGAAAAAGACCCCACUCCGACCUCAGUCUGGCCAGCUCGAGCCUGUCCAACGGCCCCAAUCCAAACCUGCUCACCAUCCCCAAACAGAGGUCUUCCUCUGUCACCCUCACAUAUCACGGGGGGCCCAGAAGAGCGGGCGCUUCGCCCAGCCUGAGCCCGGUCACCUCUCCCAGCCACAGCCCUCCGGCACAAGGCCCGGGCUCCUCAUCCUCCCUCGUCACCCGAUCGCCCGUGGAGUUCCCGGACACGGCGGACUUCCUGACCAAGCCGAGCGUCAACCUGAACCUGCACAAGCCCCUGAGCUACCCCAGCGGCUCGGCAGACUUCCAGCAGGCCUUCCGCAGCUCCGCGUUCCCUCUGUGCACCGGCUGUGGCCGUCAGAUGAUCAAGGGGGUUUCCAGCGGCGACGGCGAGUCUCAUCAGCCGUUCGGCAGCGAGGCUCAACACAGGCGAUCAGCAGGCGAAGGGCUGGACUUUACGGGCGAGCCUCUCAUCAGAGAGGAGAGUCCGGAGUCGGACGCAUCUGCAGACGGCGGAAGAGACCGGAGGCUGGCAGAGGAGGACACGGAGAAGAACCCCAACACAAAGCAGCAGACUAAGAACACCGAGGGUAACCAGGAAUUCAGGCUAGAUCCAAUGCUGGAGGACCACGAUGCCCUAAUGGAGAGGAUGAACACCUGGAACUUCCAGAUCUUUGACCUAGUCGACAAAACAGGAGGGAAGGCUGGAAGGAUUCUCAGCUAUGUCACAUACACCCUUUUCAAGGACAUGUGUCUGUUUGAGAUCUUCAAAAUCCCUGUGAGGGAGUUCAUGUCGUAUUUCUGCGCUCUGGAAAAUGGCUACAGAGACAUUCCCUAUCAUAACCGGGUCCAUGCUACUGAUGUGCUCCACGCUGUUUGGUACCUGACCACUCGACCAAUUCCUGGGUUCCAGCAAAUCCACAACGAGCAUGUAACGGGGAGCGACACAGACUCAGAUAGUGGAAUAUCUCCAGGCAGGAUAUCCUAUGCCUCCUCCAAAAGCUCUUCAGUUUCAGAUGACAGCUAUGGCUGCCUGGCCUGGAACAUACCUGCCCUGGAGCUCAUGGCCCUUUAUGUAGCAGCUGCAAUGCACGACUAUGACCAUCCGGGUCGCACAAAUGCCUUUUUAGUGGCCACCAACGCACCUCAGGCGGUGCUGUACAACGACCGCUCGGUGCUGGAGAACCACCACGCUGCGUCUGCCUGGAGCCUCUACCUGUCCCAGCCCGAGUACAACUUCCUGGCCAACCUGGACCACGUGGAGUUCAAGCGUUUCCGCUUCCUCGUCAUCGAGGCGAUACUGGCCACAGACCUCAAGAAGCACUUUGACUUUCUGGCUGAGUUCAACACCAAGGUCAACGAUGUGAACAGCCCAGGAAUUGAUUGGACAAAUGAGAAUGACAGACUACUGGUGUGCCAGGUGUGUAUCAAGCUGGCAGACAUCAACGGACCAGCCAAAGUGCGUGACCUGCACCUCAAGUGGACAGAAGGCAUCGUCAAUGAAUUUUAUGAGCAGGGAGAUGAAGAAGCUAAAUUAGGAUUACCCAUCAGCCCCUUCAUGGACCGCUCGUCCCCCCAGCUGGCCAAGCUGCAGGAGUCCUUCAUCACCCACAUCGUGGGACCACUGUGCAACUCCUACGACGCCGCUGGUCUCCUGCCCGGCUACUGGAUCAACGAAGGGGGGUCAGACGACGACGACGAGGGGCAGGUGGACAUAGAUACAGAUGAAGAAGAGGAAGAUGAGCUGGAGGAUGAGCUGGCGUCAGGAAGGAGGAAAAGCCGCCGCAGGUUGUUCUGCUGCAUCAUGCAACACCUGACGGAGAACCACAAAGUGUGGAAGAAGAUCAUAGAGGAGGAGGAGAAGAGCAAGGAGCUCGGCAAACAGCAGCAGGCCGACAGCAUGCCCACCUCCUCCUCGGAUGACAUCCAGGUCAUCCAGGAGGAGGAGGAAGGAGAGGAGCGUCAAUAG